AGCCCACUUUUAGACGCAUCAGGCUGGAGGAGAAGGAACCCUUCCUGUUCCUGGGGCGCGCUGUGCUCUUUCAUGUUGGGCACUUUGCAGAUCAGUAAAUUUGCAAAGUAGAGACGAUGCUUCGUGCGACCCAAAUCUUGCUCAAGGGUCGUAAAGAUCUCGACUUGCUCAAGGUCUUGCAAUCUGAAAUCAAACAUGAACUCUCGUCUCAACCCAUUCAGGACAAUCGAAGAGGGUCUUUAGGAGAUUUUGUUGUGGACUGGGAUUCACCAGACACCCUAGAUGUUGUUUUGCGGAGAAAAUGUGAAUCAGGUGAGCAGGUUGCUAUUUCAGCUUUGUUCCGUCCGCAGGCCUUUUGGGAAGGAGAGGUAACUAAAAUGACAGUUUUGUUGAAAGUGUUUGUGAAAAAGCCUGGCUUGGACUCUGUCUUGCGAUUUGAUUGUGGAGUUUAUGGGACAAGUGAUAGGUCUCAGUUGAACAUUCAUCAUGCCUAUUAUCUCCGACCAACAACCUGCCCUGGGCCCUCUGCCUAUUUAGGCCCCAAGUUCGGGGAGCCUGAGUUACAUGAUUUACAUGAGGUACUCAAGCAAUACCUAGAAGCUAAGGGAAUCAAUGAAAGCCUAGCUAAUUUCCUUAUCCAACAUAUGAGUAAGAAGGAGCAAUCUCAGUAUGUGAAUUGGUUGCAGAAACUUGAAUCAAUGGUGGCAAAAGACGAUUGAUGCCGCUCAUAGCAUUACAGAGAUCGGUUUUAAUUUGUAUAUUGUUUUUCCCCCCUGUAUGCCUAACUGCUGUUUCAAGAUUGACAAGAACUGUCAAUUGAUUUAGUUUCAGCUCAUGCUUUAUCCGCUGAUGAGUUAGCAUUUCAAAGUUGAUUUUGUGUUGUGAAUUAAUUAUCAAUGAUGUUCAGAUGAGAGUGCAAGAGAAAUAAAAAUUAGUUUUACACAUUAA